AUUUCCUUGUUUCGCUGUCCUUCCUCUUGCGUGCUCACUUGCUUCACAGCAACCAUUGCGUGCUCGCUUGCUUCACAUCACAUCAACCAUUGUGCGUCAACCAUCCUUUCACCCACCGCCCUUCCCACUUCAGCUCUGUGCUCUGCCUUUGGGGUCAAAGGGAGGAUGCUGGAUGCUGCGGUUACAGCCAUCCAGGUGGCGCUGUGGAAGGUGCUCGGGUACAUUGCGACCAUCCUCCCAUUCCCCGUCCCUGGCGUUGGCAUGGGCGUUGGUGACGAGCACCAGCGAGUGCAGCGCAGCCACACAGACAACGAUAACAACACCACCACCGACGACGACGACGAUGACGACGGGCCACGCUUUCGCUCGUACCACUCUCCCGCUUCGCUUGCCUCUGCGCUGUCACAGCAACGGGGGCAACAGGGGCAACAGGGGCAACAGGGGCAACGGCCGCAUGUCCAGGUGACGCAAGACCACACACGCGUUCCUGUCGCGUUAACAACAAACACCGAGGCAGCGGCUACACAUGCCCAGGAGCGGGAACACGGAGUGCACCAGCCACCCUUUGCGAUGGAGAGCGACCUCCCGCAGGGAGACGAGCAUCACCCGGGCAGCGAGCCACCAUGGCGCACACAGCAGCAGGGUGCUGGCACCAGUACUUUGUCUUCAGUGCAUUGGACCAACGCCAACAAUAACAGAGCGCAAGGCGGCACGGCCAUGGACAGCCGCGGUGGUGACGGCGCCGGUAAUGGCGUGUUACCUGGUGAAUCUGAGAUGGCACAGCAGCCACUCGAUGCAAGACGAGAUGAUGGCGAUGAAAGCAACGGUGACGGCAACACCCGCGCUGACGAUGAGGACGAGGAUGCAGAUGAUGACGAGGAGAACGACCACGAUGGUACAGAUGACGAGAACGGCGAAGGCGUUGAAGCCGGGUUCGCACGACCAUGGCACCCAGUAAUGGCAAUGCAGCGAGAAGGAGGAGGAGGGAAUGUUGCGAUUGCGAUGGGCCCCGAGGUGAAGUGCGACACAGACACGUCCACGCUGUUCUCAGCAAGCAUCCUGACUGACCACGCUGUGUUGGACGAGCGCACGACACAGCUGCGGCUCACAGACUCCAGCCCGGUCCAGUUCCUGCUCUCGUUCACCCGCGUGUCCGAGCAACUGUGCGAUGGCGACCUGCGCGAGCUGCAAGUGUCGGGCCUCGUUGAUCACGCACGGCAGGCGCUGCUGUGUCGGCACAUGCAGCAGGCAUACGGGCCCUUCACAAGUGCUGUUGAUGACAGCACGACGGCAAGCAUGGAUAGCGCGCUUCCCUUUACCACGCGAACCUCUCCCUUCGAGGUAACCACCAUCCACCUCAACUUUGCACAGGCCUCCACGGCAAUCACUGACGACACAGCACGCAGCACUGCUGCAGAUGGUGACGACAUUGGUGGCGGAGAUGGCGACGGUGGUGGUGGUGGUGGUAGCUCAUGGACUGCCUUAAUCAUGGAUUUCCCCAGUGUUCUCACGCAGCACCCGCAACGCCCCAGAUAGCGCCUGGCUGGCGGUGGUUUGAAGCACCAAUAACCAUGUACAUGCGCUUUCGGCAACGCAUGGCUCUUGCAUGGCUUCGCUUCUGCCUAUCUUUAUGUUUUUAUGUAUCCCCGAUCUCCACCGCUUUGACGGCUCUUUGAUGGCUCUGGUGUGUGGGUGGUGUGCGUGACCUCGUCAAGCACAACUGCCUGGUGUCAUGUCACGUUCGUGCAUGUGCAGCCACGGUUCUCCUUCCAUCUUCACCAUCCAGUCGUUAUUUGUGCAUUAAAUCUUCAGCCGAC